AUGACGGGCUUGCGCGAGCUGUCGAUCUCCAACACCACCCUCGGCGGUCACCUCGUGCGCUCCUGGCCGGCCAACCUCACCUUGCUCGAUCUCUCCAACAAUCGCAUCCAGGGAGGCCUUCCCAGCCUCUUCGGCCAGCUCCUGCGCUUGGAGACCAUGGAUCUGGGUGGCAACAACAUCUCCGGCCACCUCCCGGAGUCUCUCGGCCACCUCCGCAGCGUCCGGAAGCUUGUUCUUAGCAGCAACGCACUCUGGGGGCCGAUCCCAAAGUCGUUCGCCAACCUGACGUCCCUGGCGUACCUCGACAUGAGGGGCAACAAGAUCAACGGGAGCAUCCCCGAGGCUCUGGCCGAUCUCCCCAGCAUCCGCUACGUGGAUCUGCGCAACAACGAUCUGGAUGGGAUGCUGCCGCUAAACAGCUCCUCGAUCCAGCGCAUGAACAGCUUCCGGGUGGCCGGGAAUCCAUCCCUUUGCUACAACUCCUCCGCCACCUCGUCCAAGCUCGUUCUUGGGCUUGCGAAAUGCGACGAGGAUGGGAAUCCUAUUGUGCCAUCUUCGUCGCCCUCGUCUUCCUCGGGCUCUUCAUCUUCCACUUCGCCGUGGGGCGAUUCUUCUUCCGGAGAGCACCAUAGCUCCUCCUCGAGCGUGCACAAGAGCAGUGGCGUGAAGAAGACGGUGUGGGCGAUUGCAACUGCGCUGGGAGCGAUUUUCUUGUUUAUCGUUAUUGUUGUAGCAUUGUCGAGAUGGUGCAAGAACAAGGGCUGA